AUGGCCAAGUCCAAGAACCACACCACACACAACCAGUCCCCAAAAUGGCACAGAAAUGGCAUCAAGAAACCCCGGUCACAUAAAUACGAAUCUCUUAAGGGUGUCGACUGGAAGUUCCUGAGGAACAUGCGCUUUGCCAAGAAGCACAACAAGAAAGGCCUGAAGAAGAUGCAGGCAAAUAAUGCAAAGGCCAUGAGUACACGUUCAGAGGCCAUCAAGGCCCUGGUGAAGCCCCAAGUGGUGAAGCCCAAGAUGCCAAAGGACCCCAGAGGCAAACUCAGCCAAUUUGCUUUCAUUGUUCAUCCCAACCUUGGGAAGCGGAUUAGAAGAAUACUGUGGGUGUGUGCAGGAUCUCUAAGAGGCUCAGCACUGCAGAGAAUUCUAUCUGAAAAUGGCUGA